AUGUCUUCCCGCACGCAGGAGAGGAGGUCUGGCGUUCAGUUGGUGAGCGCGGCGCUGCUGCUGCUGCUCUCGCUCUCCGGUUGUUCAAGCAUGGAUGUGCUCAUGCCAAAUAGCAUUAAUGCACUGAAUGGAACAACUGUCAAAAUCCCCUGCACAUUUACUUCCUGCUAUAAGAUGGAUGUUAGCAGGUUUGCCAUGAACUGGACCUACCAAGAAUCACUUAAUGAUACAGAAGACAUGUUUAUGACAUUCCAUAAGAAGAGAGGAAUGGUACCCCUGCCUUCAGACCGGUUUGGAGACAGGGUCAUGUUUGCCGGAAACCUGGAUAAGAACGACCUGUCAAUCACCCUAUCAGAUGUUCAGAUCGAGGAUGAGGGGAUUUACAACUGCUAUGUGAGAAACCCCCCAGACCGCAUCCAGGGACAUGGUCUCAUACAGCUCAUUGUUGUUACUGAACUUCCCCCUCCGAGGGAUUCAACCAUCGCAGUUGCUAUUGGGGCAUCGGUGGGUGGAGCAUUAGCUCUGCUGAUCCUUUCCAUGGUUGUAGUGAAAUGUCUUCGUCGACACAGGAAACAGGAACUGAUUUCAGAGGAGAAGAUGGAGGAGGAGGGAAAACUGGAGGCUGAAGGUGUUGCAGAGGAGGGAACCAAAAUCAAGUCCACCACCAUCAAGGCUUUCACCUGAAUCUGGAGCGGGCAAGACUGGAGGACCAACUUGCAGAAAUUCCAUGCACCGAAAAAGAGCUCUUAGCAGAAUUUUGGCAGAGAGUGCAGCCAGUAAUGAAGGGAUAGAUGCACCUAGCACUGUAGAUUUUGAAGAGACAGAGGGCUUCUCUCUACAGGAUCCUGGACCAUUAGUGCUUCAUCGUGGGUCACAGUUCAACAUCAGAUAUC